AUGAAGAACAAGACACCCGCACUCAUCCCCCUUCCUGGGGUCUACGUACCCCUCCUCUCAUGGACCAAGCCCAAUUCAGACGCGCUCGACCUCGACGCGUACUGCAAGCAGAUUGACCGCGUCGUCGCCGAAGGCGUCCAAGGCAUCCUUGUUCACGCAGGUCGCGGCGAUCCCACCGACCUCCCCGUACCCGAGUACAAAGCCGCCAUCCAGGCAGCCAAGGAUACCAUCUGCGCCUCCGCCAAGCCGGGGCCAAUCUCGCGCACGUCAUACCCCACCCUCGUCGUCGGCACCAGCGCAAGCACCUUGUUUCGGACCAUCGAGAGGUGUGUGUACGCCCAUCAGCUCGGCGCCGACUACGUGCUCGUGCAUGCACCCGCCGACGCGACGACCGAGCACCAAAUCGCCUCAUUCUUCACGAGAGUGGCAAAGUGGUCCAAGAUCCCCGUCAUCCUCUACGAGACGGCCGGCACGCCCGCCAUCUCUUCGGCUCUGCUGCACACACUCGCGGCACACGGCAACAUCGUCGGCCUCGUGUCGUGGCGCCCUAGCACGGGCGGUAAACACAUCACCGGCUUCGCUACGUUCCAGUGCACCUCGUCCCUCCACAUGUCUCUCGGCGGAAGCACUGGCAUCAUCGCGCCCCUCGCCAACCUCAUCCCCGCCGCCGUCGUGCGUGCAUGGACCAGUUGGGCGAGCGGCAAUGUCGCCGCCGCCCGCCGCUUUGCCAACGACAUGGAGAACGCUGGCGUGCUCGAGGCCGCCGAGGACGUCCCGGGCAUCGCAGUGCGCGCGUGCGGCCGCCGCUGCCCCGAGUGCCCGUUCUGGCCCUGCGAGGAGGCCGGCAGCUGGUGGGGGCUUCAGAACACCUAUUACGAUUUCACCCCCACGCAGUCGUGCAUUGACUUGGCUGAGUUGGCCACCACCUCUCCGACUCCAACCCCGACGGUUAUCGCCAGCGCCAAUCUCAGCUUCGACUAGCGAGCUUGGCACAUCGCGAACCCGUCCCAAAACCUCCGCGCGUCUGCCGAAGCGCGGAGGACGAGAUUCCACCCUCAGGAGGCGACAUUGUAGCCUAGUAAUUGUGUGUAUAGCAGUACCGGUACUCGGGUCAUAAUUUGUGGCAGAGUAGAUAGCGAGAUGAAGGUUGUACUCUAUG